AUAACGAGUGUACGACGUCAAUAUCGGGGACGCGACAGGAAGCUGCUAUGAGACGCAAAGAAGGCGCCUUCGUGGAGUCACCCCUGGGGAAAAGUAUAAGAAUGCGCGUUUCGGUUCCUUAAGAUGCUAUAUUUCUAUCAAACGUCUCUGAUGAAGUUCCUCACGCUUGCUCUCGCCUCUGCGGCGCUCGCGUCUGCUGUCUCGGUGCCUGCAAAGAUUACCUACGAUGGCUUCAAAGUCUACCGGGUCUCAGUCGGUUCGAACGUUGCCGCUGUCAAGUCAAUAAUGAGCAAGCUACAGCUAGAGUCAUGGACUGGCAGGCCUAAGGCCAACGGCUUCGUCGAUCUUAUGGUGCCGCCAACUCAAGUCGAAAACUUCGAGGCAGACACGGCCGAUCUUAGCAUUCAACUUAUGCACGAGGAUCUGGGCCUGUCGAUCGCGGAUGAGGGCCAGGUUUCUGUUUAUGCCGCCGGAAGUGCGAAUGCCACUUGGUUCAAUGCCUAUCAUCCAAUUGCAGACCAUACCCAGUUCCUCAAGGAUCUCCAAGCUUCCUAUCCAUCCAACUCUGAGAUCAUUUCCGCAGGGAAAUCGAACAGCGGACGGGAUCUCACUGGCAUCCACAUCUGGGGCAGUGGAGGUAAGGGCUCUAAGAAGGCCAUUGUCUGGCACGGAAAUGUCCAUGCGCGGGAAUGGAUAACUUCAAUGGUCGUGGAAUACGCAGCCUAUACCCUCCUCACUCAAAACGCAUCGGACACCUCUAUGAAAGCCUAUGUCGACAAAUAUGACUUUUACAUUUUUCCCAUCGUCAACCCCGACGGCUUCGCCUACACCCAAACCAACGACCGCAUGUGGCGCAAAAACCGCCAAGCCAACUCCGGCAACUCCUGCGUCGGCCGCGACAUCAACCGCAACUGGCCCUACGUCUGGUCCGGCAGCGGCUCGAGCACCGACCCCUGCGCCGAAGACUACAGAGGCGCGUCGCAGGGCGAUAGCACUGAGACCAAAGCCCUGAAAGCGCAGCUCGAUGGACUGGCCAGCGGGAAAGGAGUCGAGAUGUACCUUGAUUUCCACUCGUACUCGCAGCUAUUCAUGUAUCCCUACGGCUACUCCUGCACCGCCGUCGUCGCCAACAGCGCCAAAUACGCCUCCCUUGGGACCGGUGUCGUCAACGCUAUCAAAGCCGUCCACGGCGUCAGCUUCACCGAAGGCCCCAUCUGCGACACUAUCUACCAGGUCGCCGGCGACGGCGUCGACUACGCGACCGAUAUCGCGAAAGCGGCGUUCUCGUUCACGGUUGAGCUGCGGGACACGGGACGUUACGGGUUUGUGCUGCCAGCGGCUCAGAUCUUGCCGAGCGCGGAGGAAAUGUGGGCGGGGCUGGCUUAUUUGCUUGCGAAUAUGUAAGGUAGGCCAAGGGUGGCUGGGUAGCUGAGAGUGCUGAAAGGAAGGGGGUUCGUUUCAUCGUUAGCCCAAAAAAAUUCUUCCUCGCCGACGGUGAUGAUUCUCCUAGAUCCUUAGUGCGCUGAGCGCAAGCAAACAUUGCUACUGAAUUCCUCGUUCUAGAUAAUAGCCCUUCGCACUCAGUACUUAAAUGCCUUUCAAACUUUUCAGCAAAGCGUGACAAAUGACCCCGCAUAGGCGGCAGAAGGGACAGAAAAGACUCGAGGCCGCUUCGAGAGGGAGAAACGAAUGGAGGCGUGGCAUUUGAUGGUAGAGUGAUCAAACUUCACGUGACUCAUUGACUCGUUCAAACUUCUACCGACUCGUUUUCAAUUUUUGCAGACUGAUUUUCAAACUUUUGCAGACUCAUUUUCAAACUUUUGCCGACUCAUUUUCAAGCUUAAUCAUUCUUUUGUAGGCUCAUUCAAAAUAUUGCAGACUCGCU